AAAGUUUUACAACAAUGUUGCCAAAGUAUCAAAAAUACAAAAUACAAAUACUCUCUCUCUCUCUCUCUCUCUCCCCCCCUCUCUGUCAUUCGCCCCCCCCCCCAGAGCUGCAGUCAUUAGGGGGCGCACAGAGUAAAGGUUAAUAAGCUGUACGCCCUCAUAGUAAGUGGCGGGGGGGGGUCGUCCCUCAUAAGAAGGUGUGUGUGUGACUAACUCCGUCCGUGUCAUCAUCAUCAUCAUCAUCAUCAGUACUGUAGCACGUGCUACCGUGGCCCCUCUAUCAGUCUGUCUUUUGACCAAAUUAACACAUCAGUAUCUGUGACGUUAAUGGAGGAGCCGUCAUACCCGUCAUGUUAUUGAAAUGGCUGGUUUUGUUGUGUUGUUUCCACGUCUCGGUGUGUUGUUGUGUUGCUUUGUGUUGUUGUGUUGUUUCCACGUCUCGGUGUGUUGUUGUGUUGUCUUGUGUUGUUUUGUUGUUUCCACGUCUCGGUGUGUUGUGUUGUCUUGUGUUGUUUGUGUUGUUUCCACGUCUCGGUGUGUUGUUGUGUUGUUUUGUGUUGUUGUGUUGUUUCCACGUCUCGGUGUGUUGUUGUGUUGUCUUGUUUUGUUGUGUUGUUUCCACGUCUCGGUGUGUUGUUGUGUUGUUUUGUGUUGUUGUGUUGAUUCCACGUCUCGGUGUGUUGUUGUGUUGUUUUGUGUUGUUGUGUUGAUUCCACGUCUCGGUGUGUUCUUGUGUUGUUUUGUAUUGUUUUGUUGUUUCCACGUCUCGGUGUGUUGUUUGUGUUGUCUUGUGUUGUUUCCACGUCUCGGUGUGUUGUUGUGUUGUUUUGUGUUGUUGUGUUGUUUCCACGUCUCGGUGUGUUGUGUUGUUUCCACGUCUCGGUGUGUUGUUGUGUUGUCUUGUGUUGUUUUGUUGUUUCCACAUCUCGGUGUGUUCUUGUGUUGUUCUUCCAACUUGGUGGUGUUUUCCCAGCUCGCUGCAGCCUCCGACGGACCGCCUCCUGCUCCGCUGUAGCCUCCGUCGAGGGGGCCGGUACAUACCGUGUAUCGCUAAAGCGGCAGUACUGGAAGAAAUACAGCUGGGCUGUGGAGGCAGGCGGAAUGCAGAGAAAAGAAAAGAAAAGAAAAAAGAAAAGAAAAGAGAGAAAGAAAGCUGGAUUAAACAGAAAGCGGAGGAGCGGUUCCUUCUUGUGUGUCAGGUUGACUUUCGUGUGUGUGAUCAGAUAGAGGAAGUAGGAGGGAGGGCUCAUGGCAGCAGGAUGGCAGUGCUCAUAAAGUGUGUACACACACCUCGGUGUUACGUCCACCUCGUUCAGAUACGCGUCCCACGUGUUCAGAGUAACCCACACACGCACACACGCGCGCGCGCACGCACGCACAGCUAAGCCGCGCUGGCUCGUCUCGUGUGACAGGUAAGGGGAAGGGAGGAGAAGAGCGAGGAAGAGGAGCCCGGAAGAACUGGCCGUACAGGUUGCCCGUCUUGUUGCACGCCGCCGAUUUCCAGCUCGCUGCGAGCCGACGCCGAUGGACGCGGAGCUCAGCCGGCUGUCCGUGAAGUAGUCCAGAUUCUGUCGGUGGUUCUCGGUGUCGGACGAGCAGGGGGGGGGGGACCAUGAAGACCAUCAGGAAAAAGAAGCUCUACGUGCUGAUGGAUGUGCUGUGCGUCAUAGUCGCGGCGUUGCCGUUCAUCAUCAUGACCAUCAUGUUCCAGCCGUACCAGCGGGGGGUGUACUGCGAUGACGAGAGCAUCAUGUACCCCGUGAAACCAGACACCAUCACCCACGGCCUGCUGGCUGCCGUCACCAUCUCCUGCACCAUCGUCAUUAUCUCCUCUGGGGAAGCCUACCUGGUCUACAGCAAGAAGAUAUACUCCAACUCUGACUUCAACCAGUACGUAGCUGCUCUCUACAAAGUACUGGGCACCUUUCUGUUUGGAGCAGCCGUCAGCCAGUCGCUGACUGACCUUGCCAAGUUCACCAUCGGCCGCCCAAGGCCCAAUUUCAUGGCUGUCUGUGCCCCCAAGGUCUGCAAGGGCUACAUGCUGGAGAUCAACUGUACUGGCAGCCCUCGAAAUGUCACCGAGUCCAGGUUGUCCUUCUACUCGGGCCACUCCUCCUUCGGAAUGUACUGCAUGCUCUUCCUAGCGCUGUACGUCCAGGCGAGGUUGGUGGCCAAGUGGGCCAGACUCCUGCGGCCCACCAUCCAGUUCUUCCUGGUGGCCUUUGCGGUGUACGUGGGCUACACCCGAGUCUCUGAUUACAAGCACCACUGGAGCGACGUGCUGGUGGGCCUUCUGCAGGGAGCGCUCAUCGCAGUGCUCAACGUGCACUUUGUGUCGGACUUCUUUAAGAAGCGCCCCCCGCUCUGUAUCAGCCCAGAGACGGCCGACAGCGAGGGGCCGGAGAGGAAGCCGAGCUUGCAGAUCGUGGACACCGAGCAAAACAACCAUUACAACUACCACCACCACAACCCUGGGCCCGUGUGAGAGGAGCUCAGCCUGGGGGGGACCUACGGCUGCAACUUGCAAACCAUCCCCAUACACAACAAACACAUGGCAGACACAGAUGUACAUGCACACGCACGUCCAACCCAGUGUGAGAAAAGGAGGUCCAAACUAAGGCUUCUUUCUUUGGUUCUGCAAUCGGCGGUAUGUGUGUUGCCCUGUGGGUAAACUUAGGACCUUUAUGAUGUAUAACCCCAGGCUGCAGAACAUCCACCCUCUGGGAUGAGCUGGUUGUAGAGCUGAGAUAUGAGUUCUGUAGUCUGCAGGUAUGAUUACUUCGCCCUGUAUGAAAAGGGGUAAAUAAGACGUAGGGACUCGGUCUGUAGCUUGCAGCUUCUAAGUCCCCUGCUCCAUUUGUUGCAACCACUUAAACAACCCCCCACCCCACCCCACCCCCUCCCCGAACCACUGGACUGACUGAGGGGGCUGAUGUCCUCACCCCUGGCAAGGCUAAGCCCCCUCUCUGAGCAUGACAAUGACCUCCUCUCCUCCUCAGCGAGAAACAAGAGGGGCAUAUUUUUUUAAGACAUCGUUGUUGAUGUAUUUCGUGUAUAUUCUUAUUAUAUUCUGUGUCAUUUUUUUAUUAUCUGUGCAUAGAGAACCAAAUAGCUCUUUGGGGAGGGGGGAUGAAAAGGUGAGAUGGUUGUGAGUAGGAACGACAAGGAAGGUUUUUAAACGUUGUCUGUUGACAUAAAGUAGACGUUGGCCCCAAUUUUAGCGCACCUUAAGUCAGUCACACACUAGGAGACUGUGAUGGAGGUCUUCCAUCAACACCUGACGAAGAGACGAGAGAUAUGCAGAGCGCUCUGAACCACCCAGAUGCUGCAGGAAACCUUGAUGGACUUCUGUAGUAAUGAGACGAUUGAAAGACAGACUGGGAUGGGAAUCCAACGACAGCCGGCACGGCACUGUCACCAGCCAUUCACUGAUGUAAAUGCAUGUAUCUGAGCUGCUUUUGGCCUCCUGCCAGGUAUUUUCAGCUCUCAUCGACUACUCGUGUUGGCUAUUGCUAAGUGAUUUUUAACUCAAUGGACGGUUAAUGGAAAGCGAUGACAGUUGUGAUUGACUAUACUGUCAUGCUGCUGUAUUUUGUGCUGCAGCUCUUCUGUCCAGAGAGGAGUCUCGAUAGUCAUGAAUCUGACGGUGUCAAAUCACCUUGAUUUUUAUUCAUAAACAUUAUAUCUGGCAGCACGGUGGCACAGUGGUUAGCGCGGUCGCCCCCGCGGUAGUCCAACCUUGGGGUCGUCCCGGGUCAUCCUCUGUGUGGAGUUUGCAUGUUCUCCCCGUGUCUGCGUGGGUUUCCUCUGGGUGCUCCGGUUUCCUCCCACAGUCCAAAGACAUGUAGGUCAGGUGAAUCGGCCAUACUAAAUUGUCCCUAGGUGUGAAUGUGUGUUUCGGCCCUGUGAUGGUCCGGCGGCCUGUCCAGGGUGUCUCCCCGCCUGCUGCCCAAUGGCUGAUGGGAUAGGCUCCAACAUCCCGUGACCCUGAGAGCAGGAUAAGCGGAUUGGAUGAUGGAUGGAACAUUAUAUCUCUGGUUCACGUGGUCUCAGCUAUGUUGAAUCUGCACAAAGCCCCAGGUCUCCAAAGCAGCCACAUCUUGAAGACCCGCUGCAGUGGCCGUCUGAGAGCAGGCACGGGUGCAGUAGUCCUCUAGUCUGUGGCCACCAUUUGUUGUUUGUUUGUCCCGUAGAGCCACACUAAACAGACUAAAUGUGUGACUCAAUCACAUCGAUCUCGUGUCAGAACUAGGAAAUGGCGAGCCUGUCAUAAAGGUGAACAGUACAAUCAGAGUUUUGAAGACCGAGCUAGAAGUGUUGUAUAGCUGACAUCCCACACGGCAGAAAACCGUAGUAUGCAACAGCAGCGGAGACACCAUCAUACAUCUUAAAUCUCACCUCAUCUCAUCUUCAGCUCCUUCUCCACGGUCGGGUCGUGGGGGCAGCAAGCUAAGUAGGGCACUCCAGACGUCCCUCCCCCCAGCAACGCCCUCCAGCUCCUCCUGGGGGAUCCCAAGGUGUUCCCAGGCCAGAUUGGACAUGUAGUCCCUCCAACGAGUUCUGGGUCUACCCCGGGGUCUCCUCCCAGUUGGACGUGCCCGGAAAACCUCCCAAGGAAGGCGCCCAGGAAGCAUCCUAUAGAACCCAAUUUCCCCUCGGGGAUGAAUAAAGUAUUCUGAUUCUGAUUCUGAUCCUAAUCAGAUGCCUGAACCACCUCAACUGGCUCCUUUCAACGCGAAGGAUCAGCGGCUCUACGCCGAGCUCCCUCCGGAUGUCCGAGCUCCUCACCCUAUCUCUAAGGCUGAGCCCAGACACCCUACGGAGGAAACUCAUUUCAGCUGCUUGUAUCCGCGAUCUCACCCCUUCGGUCACUACCCAAAGCUCGUGACCAUAGGUGAGGGUUGGAACGAAGACUGGUAAAUUGAGAGCUUUGCCUUCCGGCUCAGCUCCCUCUUCACCACAACGGUCCGGUACAACGUCCGCAUUACUGCUGAUGCUGCACCAAUCCGCCUGUCAAUCUACCGCUCUAUCCUACCCUCACUCGUGAACAAGACUCGUGAACAAGAAAAUCUUAAAUCAUAAAUCUCUCCGCUGGGAGGAAGUCCCGUAACAGCUGACACACCGUGGUGCGCUAUAUGACCCUGUUUACACUGGGUUUUAAAAUGCGUUUUGGGCGAUCGGAUCACAAGUGGACGGCGAGACACAUCGCCGUUUACACCUGUGUCUAUCAUGCGUCUCCAAAUGCGUCCUGCUGACCACUUGUAAUCAGAUUUCGUUACUCCGAAGAAGAUUUCCUGUUACGUCCUCGUCGGGGACGCAUCAGGACGCAUUAGCGUUUACACUACAAAAGACAUGUGGUCACAUGCGUCCCAGACCACCUCGACAAGUGGUUUGAGUACCCGCUUCACAAAACGUUUUGGUGGUCGUUUACACUUGUAUUUGAUGCUGCCCACUUGUGAUCCGAUCGCAAAAAAAAACACAUUUUAAAACCACGUUUAAACGGGGUCUACGACUUGAGCUAUGAUAUAGCUUUUUUUUUUCUUUAAAUAACAUGUCUACCUCUACCAUUCCCCAGUCUCCAAAACUGUGAUUGUACUGUUUAGUUUAAGGAAAGACCCCCUUGUAUGUGACAGCUUAUCCCCCAGCGAGACACAGGCCGCCUUCAGUUGUCAUCCAUGUAAGUGACUUGCACAUCCAUUCAUGCUGGUGAGGAGGUUCAUGCGACGUGACGUAGAGGUCAGGGCGCAGCUCGUGAGUGGCUGGUGUUGGACUGCAGAAGGCAGGAAGUGUUGAUGUGUAUCCCGUGAGUCUCUGUUGUGUUUUUAUUAACAGCGACAUACCACUACUUGAUUGCAAAUGAUCACUGCCAUUUGAACAUUUGGACAUUUUUACUUUUUAUUACCUUAUUCUUUAAAACUGCAUUGUUUUCUUUUUAAUUGUUCUCUUGACAAUAAUCACAGAAGAAUGAUAUGGGGGGGGCAUUUUGAAAAUGGCGUUUUAUUUAUUUUGAAACGAGAGAAGGCCUUUAUUUACUCUUGCAGGGGUGGGACAGGGGGUCUAAAUACCAGCGCUGUUCAGUUUUUGAGUGCAGUCACCCUGGCAAGCCGCUAGGAGCCACAAAUAUUUAAUCGACAAACGCCAUCAGACGUGUUUCACGUUGAAUGAAGGAUGCACAUACAUCUGUAUAUGUAUAUGCUGUAUGCUUUAAUUUUCGUUUUUGUUUUUUUUUGGGGGGGGGGGUUUCCACAUGGGGGUGUAGAGUUGCAACAUAGAAAUCCAGUUCCGGGUCCAAAACAGAAACCAGAUGCCCCGGCGUUGCUUUUUAAAUGGCUACUUUCAGGAUAAAGGGGUUCCCGAGCAAAGUGUGUGUUGCACGUCGGUCAUUCCAACCCGAUCCCACUUCAAAGCUUUUCCUCCCCUGCAUCCCGGUUCCCCUUCCUCAUGUCGAUGGAUGGGGUUGAUUUGCACAUGAGGACUCCUGUACAGCUCGGGUGCAGCGCGAGCCCAGAGGGCCGCCGAGCGAGACGGACUGAAACGGAACGAGAAGUCCACCUGGUAGUGAUUGUGAGGCCCCGAGAGCUGAUGUGGGACUUGAGAAUGGCAAGGCGUUGCAGAGGACCCACCCACAGCGUGCCACAGUCCCCGCGGGACUUCUUUACUUCUUUUUAAGACUUAACUUUAAGCAGCAACCAGAAACACCUGGCUCUGGUUUCAGAGAACCUUCGCCAGCCAGCCACUUUCCUAUCACUGCCCUAUCACUGUUCCUAUCACUGCCCUAUCACUGCCCUAUCACUGUUCCUAUCACUGCCCUAUCACUGUUCCUAUCACUGCCCUAUCACUGUUCCUAUCACUGCCCUAUCACUGUUCCUAUCACUGCCCUAUCACUGUUCCUAUCACUGCCCUAUCACUGCCCUAUCACUGUUCCUAUCGCUGCCUCCACACUAAGUAGAGCAGAGCUGCUGCUCACAGACACGGUGGAUGGUGAUGUGGGAACGUCAUGGUGUUUGACUGUCCUCCAGCUCGUCUCUGGAAACAAUGGCCCUCAGCUAGAGUCUGGGUGAUGAGGCUCCUUUGUUAUUAACACACAUGUACACCCGCCUGCCCCCAAACACACACACAUGCACACACCCACACACCCGCACCCAAUCACACACACACACACACCACGACACACACCUGCCCCCAAACACACACACAGACACACACAGUAUAUUGGUGCAUUAGAACUAGGUGCUGGCUGGCCAUGCUUCAGAAUGUGUCCAAUCCAGUAUAAUUCAUAUCAUGUUUACUUUUGUACAGAGGUCUGUUUGCUGUUGUGUAUAAAACAGAAUUUUAAAUAAAGAGAAAACACAAA